GAAAAUGGAAAAGAAUCACAGCAUGGUCCGUCCGAAAAUAUAGCAAUGUACUUUAAAACUAUUGUGAGCAGAGCCAUCACUUUGAUUUAAUUCAGGCUUUAUUAUUAUUAUUAUUAUUAUUAUUAUUAUUAUUAUUAUUAUUAUUAUUAUUAUUAUCAUUAUUAUUAUUUAUUUAAGAAAAAACCCAGAAAAAACAUAACAAACGUCAUUCAAAGUAUAGUCUAUAUCUUUGAUGCUUAGACUCUUGCUCAUUGAUGCGGCAGUGAGAGGAGGAGGGGGGCCAGGGUCAGACGCAGCUGGUGGGUUCAUUUAAUUCAGUAUUGUGAGCGGAGGGGUCCGUCCUGUUAGAGUACAGGGCACUUGGGUAAACGUUUAGUUUAUGGUCACUGUUUCUAUGCAAGGAUUAGUGACGAAAAAAGAUUAUUAUAAAUCGUAAAGCUGCGCUUCUGUUUGUGCAGAUCAUUUCAGACUUCUGGCAAAAGUAUUCUGCUGAAGGAGUUUGGAGGAAGCUGCCUCACUGAAGGAUGGAGCCCCAGGAGUCAGAUGUGCAGUACAGCCGCUGGAAUGAGACCUGCCAGGAUGAAGUCAACAUCAAUGUCUCUUCCACAUCCACAGUAGAGGGGAUCUCCAAGCAGCUGUGCACAGGGACGCUUGGCAUUGCCAUGAAGCUGAUAGGAGCGCUUGUUAUUCUGAGCCUCGUUUUCAUCAUUGGAUAUGUCACCGGCUACUACAUACACAAGUGAAAAUAAUGGAUGUUUCAUUUGAUCACAGAGCAAAAACUUUAUGAGCUGUGCAACAAAAGAAAAGCAUUGUGCUCAGUGUGUAUCCACCAGCAGUUUGGGUUUGGUGCUUGUUAGAAUUGAUACCAUCAAGGCUCAGAAAGUAAACAGCUGUUCAAUUCUUAUGCUCUGCUAAAUCAGAAAUAUGUGCAACCAGGAGAGAAAAUGGGGAGGAAUAUUAAGUUGGGUUCACCUGACAAGUCACCAAUGAUAUGUCAGCUGGACCCAGAUAAAUAUUGAUACACAUUAAUUAAUACACAUUAAUUUGCUUUAUUGCAGGGAUUUAUAACUGCUACAUUCAAUCUGUCAGAAAUCUGGUCAAGUUAAGCAGAUAAAUAAAAGUUCUUGGGAUUUUUUCUGCUUUGAUACCUACCGUGUUCAUUUGCAAAGCCUGUAGCAUGUGAAAGAAAUUCAUUUCUUUACUGUUCUCUCAAUAUAUUCUUUAUCAGAAGGAUAUUAACAUUGCCAAGAAAUCGGUUUUAUCUUUAUAAAUAAUAAGAACCCUGAGUUCAGGUGACUGGACAUGUAGUUUUACUGUUCCUUUUUAUAGACUAUUACUGCCAAUCCUCAGUGUGAAGACUGUUUAUUCUGUAGAUGUAUAUAGAAAUAAUAGAAUAUCCUCGAUCUGUAUUUUAUCAAUGAUUUUCCAAUAAAUCAGCUUCAUAUACUCCUAGUAUCACGGUUGUUAUUGUUAUGAAUAAUAAAUAUUGCAUUCAAAUGUA